AUGCGCCUCGCGGCGUCGGCGCGGGAGGACUCCACCACCGAGGGCUACGCGCGACAAUGGCGCGAGUUUGAGGGGUGGUGCGACGAGGAGGGCCUCGACCCGCUGCCCGCCACCCCGCAGAUGAUCUUCGCCUAUGUCGGCGCGCUGGCCGUUGGCUUCGGCGCGCUCUGCCUAGGGCCGUAG